AUGUUUGGCCUCCGGGUGGACCUCGGGCUGCUCCUGGAGCCCCUGGGCUUCAUCAAGGUCCUCGAGUGGAUCUUCUCCAUCUUUGCUUUUGCCACAUGUGGAGGCUUUCAAGGUGAAACUACCCUUCUAGUUUCCUGUAAGGGAGUGGUAAACAAAACAGUUACAGCUGUUUUUGCUUAUCCAUUCAGGUUGAAUACUGUUAUGUUUAGUGCACCAGAUCCAAAACGCUGUGGUGGUACUUGGACCGACUUCUAUCUUGUGGGCAACUUCUCCUCUUCUGCACAGUUCUUUGUUACACUUGCAGUGUUGGUUUUCCUCUACUGCAUUGCUGCCCUUGUGGUGUAUAUUGGAUAUAUGCAUGUGUAUCAGCGCAACAGCAAGCUUCCACUGACUGACUUGGCUAUCACUGUCAUAAUAGCCUUUCUGUGGCUGGUCAGUACUUCUGCUUGGGCAAAGGCACUUACUGACAUCAAAAUAACCACUGGUGCCAGCAUUAUUCAAGAAGUUGAAUCUUGCAAAGCCCCGGGAACAACUUGUGUUUUUGCUUCUGUAACUAGCAUGGGAACUCUGAAUGUAUCAGUGGUGUUUGGUUUGCUUAAUAUGGUUCUGUGGGGAGGAAAUAUUUGGUUUGUAUACAAGGACACCAACUUGCACAACCAAACAAACAAAACUCAAAGUUCAGGAAUAUAUCCAACUCCAAGAGGAAUAUAA